UUGGUGCUAAGAGAUAAUGAUUUAAUAUCACUGCCAAAAGAAAUAGGUGGGUUGGAAAGAUUAAAGGAACUUCAUAUACAGGGCAAUCGGCUCACGGUGAUUCCUCCAGAGUUAGGUAAACUGGAUCUUGUUGGAGAAAGGCGCGUCUUUAAAGGUGACAACAAUCCUUGGGCUGCACCAAUAGCUGAUCAGUUCCAAGCAGGAAUAGGUCAUGUGUUUGAUUAUAUCAGAUCUGAUACUUAUAAAUAUUUAUAUGGUCGACACACCCAAGCGGCGGCAGCAGCACCACCAAAAACUAGUGACAAGUCGAAAAAGAUCAGCAGAAAAGCAAAUUCUGCGAGAAAAUGA